AUGAUGGUCACUAGAGACACUGCUGACAAAGACUUCGGGGUCACUCUCUCAGAGCUGCGAAAACUGAUGGAAUACCGUAAGUCCGAGGCAGUGGAGAAAAUAAAGGAACUUUAUGGUGAUGUCUUUGAGAUCUGUAAACGACUGCGCACUUCACCCACACUUGGAAUAGUUGGUACCCAAUCAGAAAUCGAGCUCCGGAAAGCUGUAUUCGGAAGUAACUUUAUACCACCUAAGAAACCCCUGACUUUCCUGGAAUUAAUGUGGGAAGCACUCCAGGAUAUGACGCUAUGUAUCUUAGAAGUUGCAGCCAUCAUCUCCUUGGGACUCUCUUUUUAUAAGCCACCUGGAGGGAAUAUUGCAGCAUGCCAGUCGGAAGGGCACGGAGGGGGAGGGGAAGAGGAAGAGGAGGAGGCUGACUGGAUCGAAGGGUUUGCAAUACUUCUAUCUGUCAUGUGUGUUGUGUUGGUAACUGCCUUCAAUGACUGGAGUAAGGAAAAGCAAUUUAGGGGGUUGCAGAGUCGCAUUGAAAGUGAACAGAAGUUUACUGUUAUCAGGCACGGGGAGUGCAAGCAGGUGCUAGUAGCUGAAUUAGUGGUUGGGGACAUUGCCCAGAUCAAAUAUGGUGACCUUUUGCCAGCUGAUGGUGUGCUUCUCCAGGGGCAUGAUCUGCAAGUUGACGAGAGCUCCCUCACAGGGGAAUCAGAUCAUGUCAAGAAGUCAUUGACAGUGGACCCAAUGUUACUUUCAGGUACCCAUGUGAUGGAAGGUUCUGGGAGAAUGGUUAUUACAGCUGUGGGCGUAAACUCACAAACAGGGAUCAUCCUCACUUUACUCGGAGUCGGAGACGAGGAGGCAGAGAAGAAGCUCAAAAAUUCAGGAGAUGUGACUCCUGGGCACAGCAAGGAAUCAGGCCCAAAGCCCCGCAAAGUGUCUGGAAACCAGGUUGAGGAUGAGGAAAGUGCCCAGAAGCAUACCUCACACCCGAAAGAAAAAUCAGUUCUGCAAGCAAAACUCACACGGUUAGCCCUUCAGAUUGGCAAGGCAGGCCUGGCAAUGUCAGUGAUCACGGUCCUCGUCCUUAUUAUUUUUUUCCUGGUUCAAACAUUUGCAAUCGAGAAGCGUACUUGGACUGUUGAAUGCACACCAAUUUAUAUACAGCACAUAGUGAAGUUCUUUAUUAUUGGAGUGACCAUUUUGGUCGUAGCUGUUCCAGAGGGCCUGCCACUGGCUGUCACCAUCUCCCUUGCCUACUCUGUGAAGCCUCCUGAAAAGGAAGGAGGGCUCCCUCGCCAAAUUGGCAAUAAAACGGAAUGUGCCUUACUUGGUUUGCUGUUGGAACUGAACCAGAAUUUCGAGGCUGUAAGGGCUAAUAUAACAGAAGAGACACUUCACAAAGUGUACACCUUCAAUUCCGACCGGAAAUCAAUGAGCACAGUGGUGAAGAAACCCAAUGGCAGCUUUCGGCUGUACAGCAAAGGAGCUUCUGAAAUACUGCUGAAGAAAUGCACCCGCAUAUUGGAUGCCAAUGGGCGUCCAGGACCUUUUUCCAAAAAAGACAGAGAAAACGUGAUCAAUAAUGUGAUUGAACCAAUGGCCUCUGAGGGACUCCGCACCAUAGGCCUGACAUUCAAGGAAUUCCCAGCUGCCUCCUCAGAACCCAACUGGGACAACGAGGAUGAGAUUUUCAAGGACUUGACCUGUAUUGCAAUUGUAGGCAUCGAAGAUCCGGUGAGACCUGAAGUUCCCGAUGCGAUAAGAAAAUGUCAGAAAGCUGGCAUCGUUGUACGUAUGAUUACUGGGGAUAACAUCAACACAGCUCGGGCGAUUGCUACAAAAUGUGGCAUUCUGAGGCAAGGGGAAGCCUCUGUGUGCAUGGAGGGCCAGGAUUUUAAUCGGCUGAUACGCGGUCCAGAUGGAGAGAUUAAACAAGAGCUAAUGGACAGAGUUUGGCCUACUCUUUGUGUCCUUGCAAGGUCCUCACCUGCUGACAAGUACAACUUGGUCACAGGGAUCAUUAACAGCAACAUCACGGAACAAAGGCAGGUGGUAGCAGUGACUGGGGAUGGUACGAAUGAUGGGCCUGCAUUAAAGAAAGCCGACGUUGGCUUUGCAAUGGGCAUUGCUGGAACUGAUGUCGCCAAAGAAGCUUCUGAUAUCAUUAUCACCGACGACAACUUCUCAAGCAUCGUCAAAGCUGUCAUGUGGGGUCGGAAUGUGUAUGACAGCAUCUCCAAAUUCCUUCAGUUUCAGCUCACGGUUAACGUGGUAGCCGUUGUAGUCGCUUUUACUGGUGCGUGUGUCACCCAGAAUUCCCCUCUGAAAGCUGUUCAGAUGCUGUGGGUCAACCUCAUAAUGGAUACCUUUGCUUCUCUUGCUUUAGCAACAGAAAAGCCAACUGAAGCUCUGCUGGAACGCAAGCCUUAUGGGAGAAAUAAGCCUCUUAUCUCCCGCACGAUGCUGAAAAACAUUUUGUUCCAUGCCGUUUACCAGAUGGCCGUUGUAUUUUCCCUUGUUUUUGCAGGCGAAAAAUUCUUUGAUAUCGAAAACGCGAGAUCUGUGCCCAUGGAUUACCCUCCUACCGAGCAUUACACCAUUGUAUUUAACACAUUUGUAAUGAUGCAAAUUUUUAACGAAAUCAACGCCCGGAAGAUUCAUGGCGAAAGGAAUGUUUUCUCGGGGAUAUUCAGAAAUACCAUUUUUUGCUGCAUCAGCGUGGGAACGUUGGUCGUACAGGUCCUCAUUGUUCAGAUUGGAGGGAAGCCCUUCAGCUGCACAAAGCUUUCACUGGAGCAGUGGUUAUGGUCCAUCUUUUUUGGCCUAGGGACAUUGAUAUGGGGACAAUUGAUCGUAUUUAUCCCAAAUCGUUAUCUGUGGUUCCUGCCAACGUUUGGGGACAGACCAACAAAACAGGACAUUAUUGCAGAAGAAGAUAUGUAUGGAGAGAUUGACUAUGGUGAGAUGGAAAUGCGUCGAAUCAGCCAGGCUUCAUGGUGUAGGGGUGUGAACAGAGUACAAACUCAGUACAAAGUAGUAAAUACGUUCCGUACUUCCCCUUAUGAGUUACACUGCUCAGCUAGUAAUAAAACCAUCUAA